CCUACUCAUGAAGGUUACUUCUCUUGUUUGGAUAUCUGGACACUGUUUUUGGACUAUCUGACAAGUAAAAUUAAAAGUCGUCUGGGAGACAAGGAAGCAGUUCUCAACAGGUACGAAGAUGCCCUGGUCCUUUUGCUCACUGAGGUGUUAAAUCGAAUCCAGUUCAGAUACAACCAGGCCCAGCUGGAGGAGUUGGAUGAUGAAACUCUGGAUGAUGAUCAGCAGACAGAGUGGCAGCGGUACUUACGCCAGAGCUUGGAGGUAGUGGCCAAAGUGAUGGAGCUCCUUCCCACACACGCCUUCUCAACCCUGUUUCCAGUUCUUCAGGACAACUUAGACGUUUAUUUGGGAUUACAGCAAUUUGUAGUUACUUCGGGGUCAGGACACAGGCUGAAUAUCACAGCAGAAAAUGACUGCCGGCGCUUGCACUGCUCGUUGCGAGACUUGAGUUCCCUGCUGCAGGCUGUAGGCCGUUUAGCUGAGUACUUCACUGGGGAUGUGUUUGCUGCAAGGUUCAACGAUGCUCUCACAGUCGUGGAAAGGUUGGUCAAAGUUACUUUGUACGGAUCUCAGAUAAAACUGUACAACAUUGAAACAGCUGUGCCAUCAGUGUUGAAACCGGACCUCAUUGAUGUGCAUGCCCAGUCACUUGCUGCUCUCCAGGCGUACUCCCACUGGUUGGCACAGUAUUGCAGUGAAGCCCAUCGACAGAACACACAGCAGUUUGUGACACUCAUCUCUACCACCAUGGAUGCCAUCACGCCUCUCAUCAGCACCAAGGUUCAAGACAAGUUGCUGCUGUCUGCCUGCCACCUACUGGUCUCACUAGCUACCACUGUGCGGCCUGUCUUUCUCAUCAGCAUCCCUGCAGUGCAGAAGGUGUUCAACAGCAUCAUUGAUGCCUCUGCCCAGCGCCUAGCGGAUAAGGCGCAGGUUUUAGUUUGCCGUGCACUCUCGAACACCUUGCUCCUUCCAUGGCCAAAUCUUCCUGAGAGUGAGCAGCAGUGGCCCCUGCGCUCUAUCAACCAUGCUAGCCUCAUCUCUGCACUCUCUCGGGACUACCACAGCCUGAAGCCCGGUGCUGCUGCCCCCCAGAGAAAGGUGCCACUGGAUGAGACCAAAGUGAUCAUUCACCAGACACUUAGUGUUUUGGAAGACAUUGUAGAGAAUAUCUCUGGGGAAUCCACCAAGUCACGACAGAUCUGCUACCAGUCUCUGCAGGAAUCUGUUCAGGUCUCCCUGGCCCUCUUUCCAGCUUUCAUCCAUCAGUCAGAUGUGACUGAUGAGAUGCUGAGCUUCUUCCUCACCUUGUUUCGAGGCCUUAGAGUACAGAUGGGUGUGCCUUUCACAGAGCAGAUAAUACAGACCUUCCUCAACAUGUUUACCAGAGAACAGUUGGCUGAGAGCAUCCUCCAUGAAGGCAGCACUGGCUGCCGGGUGGUGGAGAAGUUCCUGAAGAUCCUACAAGUGGUGGUGCAGGAGCCUGGCCAGGUGUUCAAGCCCUUCCUCCCCAGCAUUAUUGCACUCUGCAUGGAGCAGGUGUACCCCAUCAUUGCUGAGCGCCCGUCACCUGACGUGAAGGCUGAGCUGUUUGAGCUCCUCUUUCGGACGCUCCAUCACAACUGGCGGUACUUCUUCAAGUCUACUGUCCUGGCUAGCGUGCAGAGGGGCAUUGCUGAGGAGCAGAUGGAGAAUGAACCUCAGUUCAGUGCCAUCAUGCAGGCUUUUGGACAGUCCUUUCUUCAACCAGACAUCCACCUGUUCAAACAAAAUCUGUUCUACUUGGAGACUCUGAAUAGCAAGCAGAAACUAUACCACAAAAAGAUCUUCCGGACCACCAUGCUAUUCCAGUUUGUGAAUGUGCUGCUCCAAGUCCUGGUUCAUAAGUCUCAUGACCUUCUACAAGAGGAGAUUGGUAUCGCCAUUUACAACAUGGCUUCUGUGGACUUUGAUGGCUUCUUUGCAGCCUUUCUUCCAGAGUUCCUGACCAGCUGUGAUGGUGUGGAUGCCAAUCAGAAAAAUGUGCUGGGGCGGAAUUUCAAGAUGGAUCGGGACCUGCCCUCGUUCACCCAGAAUGUGCACAGGCUGGUAAACGACCUACGUUACUACCGACUCUGCAACCACAGCCUGCCCCCUGGCACCGUGAAGCUCUAGGAGUGCCUGCUUGCCUUCCUGGCUGCUCACUGCCCCAGGGACAUGCCUGUUGCCAUUGCCACCUACACCACCUGCACCUGUGCCACAGAAGUCUAUGACAAGCCUUGGCCACUCUCUGGAUGGUCAUGCCCUGAGCAAGUGGCCUGCCUUUGCCCUCUCCUGCUGCCACCAACACAGCAGGCUUUGGGGUCCAUUUGGCACUGGUAGCGUUGCCAGGCAUUUGGAGCAGGUAGAGGGUCAUGUGGCUGGAUGCCAGGGAGGCACCCAGAGAUCCCACAGCGUGGUCCAUGCAGAUCAUGUGUCUAUCAGUCCUGAGUCAGAAUCGCCAAGGACCGCUUACGACAGUGCCACCUUCUCACCAUUCCACCUCCCCACCCCUCCUGGCCCAGCCAGCCCAGGAGAAAAGCGACAGCAGAACUGUUUAUGUCGAGCCUCCUGCCCCUCCGAUUGCCUUGAAGUCUCUGCUCUUUGUCAGAGAUUCGCGAAGACUCGCGUUUUUUUGUUCUUGUUUUCUCAUCAUUCCAUUGUGAUACUAAGAAGCUUAAUGGAUAAAUAAAAUGCUUAAGUUGUUGUUAUAUAA